UAAGCGAGAAAUAUACGAUUCUUUUAUUAAAGAAACAGUCUGAUUUGACUCACCGAUGUUACUGAAAGUUUCGGCUCUAUUGACUUCAAGAGAAUUUGAUUCUAGCAGAAUUUUUUAAUUAAGGUGACCGUACGAAUUUUUUGAAAGAGCAAGAAGGUUUCAGUCAAAGUAAAGAAAUGAAUUUGAUAUAUCUGUAUUAGUACUAUCUUGCAUUGCUUUUCUUUCUAUUACAACUGGAUUAACGAGCUAAUUUUUUUUUAAAUUUUAGUCUAAAAAGGUUCAUUUAACAUUACCAAAAUGGGGUGGUCAAAUAUCAUCCAAUGGUAGAUAUGGUUUAUAUGCUCCAACGCGUGGUGUAUUUGAUAUAAUGGCAUUUUUUACUCCGACCAAUGAACAUGUUAUAUAUUAUCAUAAAGGUAAACGAACAAUACGUGUAUUUCGUGCAAAAGAUGGUCCUCAAUUAGUUGAUAUGAAAUGUCCAGCUAAAGUUCGGCAAGGUACUGCAACAAAUGAUGGACGAAUAUUAGUUGUCGGAUAUGAAGAUGGAGCUAUUCAAGCCUUUUUAAUUGUUGAUCGUUCCGAUGAAUCCAUGGUUGAUUAUUUACGAAGCUGGAGAAUACACCAACUUCAAUCAACAGUAGAACCAGAACGACAAGAGACUGCUGAAAGACAACUUGAAUAA